GUUACAAAUGCUGCUAAAGAGAAGUCUGGAUGAUAUAAAUAGGGCUGUUCCCCUGAAACAGGUCAACACCCUAAAACACAAAACUGGCAGCCAGGACAGUAUCUUGACCAGCAGCAGAAUGAUUCUCCAAACAGUUUCUAAAACCACCUUCAUUCUCUCCUUGUGUCUCUCAGUGGUUACCAGCUCAGAACGUACCUGUCCAGAGGUGAAGGUUGUGGGCCUGAAUGACAAGGACAGACUGACCAUCCUUCAGGGCUGCCCAGGAGACCCAGGGAUACCAGGUACUCCUGGAGCUCCAGGCAUGAAGGGAGAACAAGGCCUGCCAGGCCCUCAAGGCAUGAAAGGAGAACCAGGAGUUUUUGGAAAGAUUGGUCCAGCUGGAGCUAAAGGACAGAAAGGAGAGCCAUCAGUUCAAAGCGGCACAGGGGCUCGGAACUGUAAGGAGCUGCUGGACCAGGGGAAUUACAUGAGCGGCUGGUACACAGUGAGGACAGUGGGAGACAAAGACAUCAGGGUGUUCUGUGACAUGGACACUGACGGGGGCGGCUGGCUUGUAUUCCAGAGGAGGACGGAUGGGUCAGUAGAUUUUUUCAGAGACUGGGCCUCUUACAAGCGAGGGUUUGGUAACCAGCAGUCAGAGUUCUGGCUGGGGAACGACCACAUUCAUUCACUGACCAGCUCAGGAAACUUUGAAUUAAGGAUAGAUUUCAAGGACUUCGAUAAUGUGGACACCUUUGCAAAAUACCUGUCCUUUAAGAUCAUGGGGGAAUCUGACAAUUAUAAGAUUCUGCUGGGAAGUUUUGAGUCUGGUAGUGCAGGCGAUUCCUUUACAUCCCAUAACAACCUGCCCUUUUCUACCAAAGACCGUGACAAUGAUAGCUGUGACUGCACCUGCAGCAGCAUGUACAAGGGAGGCUGGUGGUAUGGAAAGUGCCACAGUUCCAACCUUAACGGUCUCUAUCUGGGAGGAAGCCAUGAAAGCUUCGCUAAUGGAGUCAACUGGGAAGCUGGCAAAGGCUACAAUUAUUCCUAUAAGUACUGUAGUAUGAAAAUAAGACCUCAUUGAGAGCUCACCUCCGCUUUCUAAGUAGAUCCCUCAUCAUCACAUAUCACCAGACAACACACACUGCAUUUGAGACAGAUUUCUUUUUUGCUUUGAUGGAAGCUACUAGAAUACUGGGGGUUUGUAAAGAUUUAUUGCAUAUACUUAGUAUCUAUUUAUGGACAACACAAUUAACAAUUAGAAAAGUUGUUUUUAAUGUGUUGGGCUAAGCAAUGUAUGUUGACUGCCACUUUGUCGUCUAUUUUUGGACCCAAUUAUGCUGUGGACAAUUUACAAUUUUAAAUCAUUAUUAUGGUGACCUAAAGUGCAAAAGUGAUCUGGAAAAAAAUAAUUAAUUUUCAGUAAAAUAUAAAAGUGACUGAAAUACAAUCUAAAUAUUUAUUGGAUUGGCUUCAUGCUGUGGAACAGGUUGGAACAUAGAUUCUUUUCACCUCAGUUCUUUAGCAUAUGUCCAAUAAACAAACCAUCAGGUUUCGUGGCUUCCUGUUAUUAUAUGCUUUAUCCCCCUAAUAAUUUCCAUUGGGGAAAAUGGGUGCAACAAUCAUAUUUAUAUCUCCUUUAAAGCUUGUGAUAUACUACGAAGCAAUUCACAGAGAACUGAUAACCUUUCACUAAUACUAAAAACUGUGUUUUUUUUAAAUGUCAGGUUUUUCUCAUGUAGAUGCUUUAUCAUUUUUCUCAUAAAUAAAUGCUUUGUCAAUGCAUAUUGGAGUCUGUUGGUCCCAUUCUUAAGUGUGGUCAUGGCCUGAUCACAUUUCUGAUGGCUCUGAUUUUUCCUCUGACGGCCAUGAUCACACUGAUCUCUCCGUCUGCGU